UUAUGCGCUCCUGUUAUUUUCGAACGACCACGUGUUUCGUUAGCAUGCGAUUGUCGACACAAGCUGACGGCAACCGGCGUUUUCACAUGGCUCCACUACCACCACCAUUUCCGCCGCCGGCAGCAAGCGCCUCACGGUGUUUAGUCAGUAGCAAAAACUAGAUAAAUCAACUUGCGAAUUUGAAGUGUUUACCAAGUCGUGUCCCGAAAAUGGCUAAAGAAAUAGAUAUAUUUUACGAUGUAGCGCUGAAAUUGACAAACCAGGCUGGAGAGCUAAUCCGAAGCAAGGUUGGUGUAAGUUUGGUUGCCGAUCUUAAAUCCUGCGACAUCGACCUGGUAACCGAAACAGACCAAGCCGUCGAAAAAUUGCUAAUGGAUGGCAUUGGGGCGGAAUUUCCCAGCCACAAAUUCAUCGGAGAAGAAACCGUUGCCAGUGGUGGAUCAUGCAAUUUAACAGAUGAGCCCACGUGGAUAAUUGACCCAAUAGACGGCACUAUGAACUUUGUACAUGCAUUUCCCCACAGUUGUAUCUCUCUAGCAUUAUUCAUCGAUAAGCAACCGCAAAUUGGUAUUAUUUAUAAUCCCAUGCUGGAACAGCUUUUCACUGCUAGAAAGGGUCAGGGUGCCUUCUUAAACGGAAAACAAAUUCACGCAUCCAAGGAGGCGGUACUGGCGAAAGCGCUGAUAAUGUUAGAAAACGGCACCAGCCGAGACCCCGAAAAAAUGAAAAACCUAUUCAUCAAUCAACAGAAUAUUAUACCAAAAAUUCACGGCACACGCUGCCUGGGAUCGGCUGCAUUGGACAUGGCAAUGGUGGCAUUGGGAUGUGCGGACGCCUACUUCGAGUUCGGUAUCCACGUUUGGGACAUUGCCGCUGGAGAAUUACUUAUCAAGGAGGCGGGUGGUGUAGUUAUAGAUCCAUCCGGAGGUGAACUCGACAGAUUUUCAAGGCGCGUCCUUUGCGCCAGCACGCCCCAACUCGCCGAACAGAUUACGGCGAAUUUAGUACAAUUUUAUCCGAUGCCGAGGGAUUAAAUUUAUUGAUAUUAUUGUGAUGAGCCUGUCAAAUAAUAAUUGUAUUAUUUACAAUACUUACCUAUUUCGUUAGUCUUCAUAUUGGUUGUGUGGUCAAUUUUAAUACAAAGUGUUUUUGCUAGUUGUCCUAACAGUCUGACCCUCAGGGCCAGUCAAGUCAGUAUUAUAAGUCUGUAACAAAAGUGCAUGAUUAAUAAAACGUUUCUUCCAGA